AUGGCAGCCUGGGAGACGGUGCUGUCCGCCCUUCUCCUGUUCUUGUUUGCCGGGCUCUAUUUGAUCGGCGCGUUCCGCAGGCAAAGAGCUAAGGAACCACCCCUGGACAAAGGCUUCCUUCCGUGGCUGGGUUACGCGCUGGAUUUCAAGAAAGACGGCCUCGGUCUUCUGCAAAAGAUGCAAAAGAAGCACGGGGACAUCUUCACUCUCCUGAUCGGAGGCCACUUCAUCACGUUUGUGCUGGACCCUCAUUCUUACGGAACCAUCGUGAAAGAAUCCAAAAGCAAGCUGGACUUUGCUAUGUUUGGCUCGGAGGUGGUCUCGGCCCUGUUUCGCUUUAACCCUGCUGGGGAAGACCACAAGCGGAUGCAGGCGUUAAGUGUCAAAUACCUCAUGGGAGAGGGAUUGGCGGUUAUGAAUCAGGCCAUGGUUGAGAACUUGCAGACCGUGAUGUUCCACGAGAGGGGCUCCAGAGAGGGGGGCGGCUCCUGGCAACAAGACGGCGUCUACCACUACAGCUGCAACACCAUUUUCAAGGCUUCCUUCCUCAGCUUCUUCGGCCGCGAGUCGGACGAUAAGGCAGAGAAGGAGGUAAGCCUGACUGACGACGAAAUCGUUCAGUUCGAAAAGCUCUUUGAAGAACUGCAAAAAUUUGAUCUCCUGGUCCCCAGCCUGGCCUAUAAGACUUUGACUCCUGGGAAAAGAAAAGAAGUACAGCAGCUCUACAAUCUCUUCUGGGAUAGCCUGUCGGUGAGUAAAGUCCAUAAGCGGCACAACGUCAGUAGCUGGAUAAGCGAACAAGAACGAAUGUGGGCUGAAAAGGGGAUGCCUGAAAACAUCAGAGCUAGACACCUGUUCCUUUUUCUCUGGGCCGUCCAAACGAAUACUGGCCCGGCUUCCUUCUGGGUCCUCGUCCACCUUCUAAAAUAUCCCGAAGCCAUGGAAGCCGCGAGGAAAGAGGUAGACGGGCUGCUCCGAGAGAACGGUCCACACGUGGAAUUAGGUGACCCGCUGUUUGACCUCACCAGGAAGAUGUUAACCAAGAGCCCAGUUCUGGACAGUGUGAUUGAGGAAACGUUGCGCUUGAAAGUGAGGUCAAUAUUGAUGAGGGCCGUGGUGAAGGACAUGGACCUCCAGAUGGACAACGGGAGGAAAUACGCUCUCCGCAGGGGGGACAGAAUCGCACUUUCCCCUUUCGUGGCCGCGCAGACGGACCCGGAAGUCUAUCCCGAGCCUAUGACUUUCCGAUACGACCGGUUUCUGAACUCCGAGGGUCUUGCGAAGAACUUCUACAAGAGUGGGAAAAAGCUGAAGUACCAUAACAUGCCUUUUGGGAUAGGGCCGUCCAAAUGCCCCGGACGCUUCUUCGCCGUGACCGAAAUAAAAAUGUUUGUUUUCCUCAUGCUGGCCUGGUUUGACCUUGAACUGGUCGACGGGGGAGAAGAAAUCCCGCCGGCUGAUAAGAGCCAGUUUGGGUUUGGAACAACUCUGCCGGUCCAUGACAUCCAAUUUAGAUAUCGCCUACGCUGUCAGUUAAACACAAAAUAG